UUAGUACCAGCUGCAUACGGUGGGACAUGGCGGGAUGAGAGUGGUUAUGCGGAAUAUCCAGAAUAUGUAUGCCAAUCACCAGUAAAAAUAUUACCACAACAUUAUUACGAUCAAGAUUUACUGUGGCAAAAACAUGGUUUCACUAAACUUCCAUUACUCAAUUUCGAGAACAUCAAAGCAAUGAAAACUUUUGAAAUUAAAAAAACCUGUAAAUCAAACAUGCAAACUUUACUGUGGCACUUUACAGUAAGCAGUGAUGUCGAAUUUUCGAUAGUUAAGAUUGAUCAGGAUGGUAAUGAAGCAAUAGCAUGGCCUAAGAUAACACUUAUGAGUUUGAAAGCACCAGAACAAGGAUCAAUUACUUGCAAUCCUGGAGAAUACGUAAUUCGUUUCACGAAUCCAAGUAGAUUUUGGCUACCUGUGAAACUUUACUUUGUCGUCUCGCUUUGUCCAAAAAAUGUUUAG